AUGGAACGGCAGAACAGCGCCAAGAGCCGAAAAUCCAAGACUCUGCGCUCCAUUUCACGGUCUCUCAUCCUCUGCAAUGGCAAGAACAGCGAUGACGGAUCCAGCCCCGAAGAGAAGUAUCACAACCCCUUUGAGAGCCAGGCCAACUGGGGUCAAGCGGAAGCUGGCCAUUGCCCUCGGCUUCACCUAGCGUGCUCGUCCACGGGCAGGGAAGGCCCGCCAGAUCCUCUUACAAUCAGCAGCAUGGUACAGCUGAGGGCUGCCGCCAGUGACAGCUGCAAGACUAUGAAGAGGAAAUUUUUCAUCAAGGACAGCUGCAUCUGGAAGUUAUGUAUCGCCACUGGGAAUGACGGACUGGGAAUUCAAGUUUCUCGGACUCCCAACUGCUCUGCUUUUGGCAAAGAAUACACUAUCAGUCAUGUGAUUAAUGGAGGAGCUGCCCAGAGGGACGGACGUUUGAGCCCAGGUGAUGAACUUUUAACAGUAAAUGGACAACCUCUUAAAGAGCUCUCCAGCAAAGAGGCAGAGUCACUCAUCCAAUCAGCAAAGGGCUUGGUAAAUUUAGUAAUUGCCAACAAGGAACCUUCAGUGUGUUCACGCCAAGAACUCCCUGGUAAACAGGAUGGUCAGAAUGGUUUCGUCCUGCAGACAAAAGCGAAAUGCCAGAGGACCCGCAGUAAUUCAGCCAGUGUGAGCCCAUAUUGGAUAGGGGAAAUGGACAGUCCCAUGGCCAAGAAAUCAGCCUCUCGAUACAGGCAGGCCCAUUCUCUUUACAGCAACAGGAAGUCGCUCUCUCAGCAGCUGGACAGCUCGGCAGGAAGAGCCCCCAUAAAUUCCCUUUCCAGGUCCUCUCGAUCGCUCAGUACAGCCCAUCUGAUGCAGGCGUCGUGUGGCUUGCAGGCCUCUGUGAUCUCCAAUAUUGUCUUAAUGAAAGGCCAAGGGAAGGGGCUGGGUUUCAGCAUUGUCGGAGGUCAAGAUAGCAUAUAUGGCCCCAUUGGUAUAUAUGUGAAGACCAUCUUUCCUGGGGGAGCUGCCGCUGCAGAUGGAAGACUGCAAGAAGGAGAUGAAAUCCUGGAACUGAAUGGGGAACUGAUGCAUGGACUCACCCAUCAUGAAGCCCUGCAGAAAUUCAAGGCCAAUAAAGGUCUCCUCACCCUCACGGUCCGAACGAGCCUCAGCACCCCCCACCUGGCAGCUAGCUACCUGUCCUCCCAUCUCUGCCGCUCCCUGAGCACCAGCAUGUGCAUCACCAAGGAGACCAGCUCCUUUGGUUCCGAAAGUGCCACCUUUCCCUUGAACGCCACCAACCCCAAUGACAGGGUCAUCAUGGAAGUUUCCUUAAAUAAAGAGGCUGGUGUGGGCUUGGGCAUUGGUUUAUGCAGCAUCCCUUAUUUCCAGUGCAUUUCCGGAAUAUUCAUCCACGCCCUCUCUCCUGGCUCUGUGGCUCAUAUGGACGGAAGACUCAGGUGUGGAGAUGAAGUUGUGGAAAUCAAUGAGGUGCCAGUUCACAACAUGAGCCUGAAUGAGGUCCAUGCAGUUUUAAGCCGCUGCAGUCCUGGCCCUGUGCAGAUCAUCAUCAGCAGGCAUCCCGAUCCACAGGUCUCUGAACAGCAGCUAAAGGAGGCCAUUUCACAAGCGGUGGAAAGCAACAGGUUUGAAAGAGAGAAGUACCAGUGGAGUGCGGAAGGCAUUAAAAGUCUGGAAAGCAGUUGGCAUAAGAAAUCCCCAUGUGAGAAAUACUCCGAGAAGGUGGCCACUCAUCUGAACCAUCGCUCCCAAAAGCUCAUGAUCCGUUCCAGCAGCGACGGCAGUUACAAUCCCAGGUCCUCUUGUGGAAACGGUCUUGCUUACCAGCUGGCUGACAUGAAUGCAAAAGGACACAGCAUUGAUGUACCAGUGACCAGACAGCCGGCUUCCAUGUUUUCCUCCUCCAGAACUAGCCUGGAGAAGCACACCUCCCCACCGAUUCUUAAAGACGCUGCGCAGCUUUCCUUAAAUCACACAAAACGAUCUGCAGAGAUCCUUGUUAGAAAGCCUCGCUCGUCAAAGCCCAAGCCACCACCGAGAAAGUAUUUCAAGCAAGACUGCACCGAGGGUGAGCAGGCUAACAGAGAGAGGAAUGAGAAGCCCCCACCGCCAGGAGAGGGGAGCCUGGCUUCUUCAGAUGUUCAGGAAGCCAGCGACCGGCUGCAGCAGAGAAACCUGAGUGUUGUAACCCACGGUGCUUUCACAGAUUCUUCAGCAGCAAGAGCUACAGAGCAGUCAAAUUCUUGCCUAGGAGCCGUGGACCAAGAAAGAAAGGCCAGCAAAGGGAAAUCUGUUACAUCUCCUCAAAGGCCUGUGCUCAGAAGACAAGCAAAGGUGGAUUAUAGCCUUGAGGCUACACCUGAUGAUCCUUGGGUCAGAAUUUCUGACUGCAUAAAAAGCUUAUUUAACCCUAGCAUGGCAGAAGACCGCUGCUCCUUAAGUUUAUACCCCACAAUCAAUAAAGGCAGUCCUGCCUCUAGCUGCCCGAAGGAAGCCCUGCAGAGAUCAGAUGCAGAAGAGGCGGAUACGAAAGCACCAAAGUCAUCUGAUGACGGUGACUUUGUGAAGAAAGGGCCACCAGUAGCACCUAAGCCGACCUGGUUUCGUCAAAGCCUAAAAGGCUUGAAGAAAGGAAAUUCGGAUGAUGCACACAAAAGCCCCUCUGACCACCACCAAAGUGUGUCUGACAAUGAACUGAGCUCCACUUCCAAGAUCACUCGAGCUUCACCUCGGGGAUCGUCGAUAAAGCAACGAAUCAGCUCCUUUGAAAGUCUGGGCGGUUCUCAGUCUCCUGAAAAUGCAAGCCGAAAACUUAGCCCAAAGUUGUCCAUUCAGAAAGAUGGAUCCCCCAGCAGGAGGGAGCCAGUACCUCUUAUGGUUAAUCUUAGCCAAGCUUCUGCCAGCAACGUGGAUGAUCAGAGUACGGAAAGCAUCCACCUCCUGCCAAACCUAGAUGCCAGCCAUGUGGAUUCUGCCUGCUUCUCCAGAGACGAAAGUGCCCUGAGCGCAGAGGCAAACUGCAGCACCCCUGUGAAAUCUCCUUUGAAUCUGCCACCUUUGCAAGGCAUGGAACCCGACCCCCAAGUCACGAAAACGCCGAGCAAAAGAGCACGGAGCUUCCCACUUAGCUCAGCUCAGUCUUGCGAGAUGCUGAAAACCAGUGGAGAAGAAUACAGCAAAAUCGAUUCCAUCAGCAACCACUUCUCAUCAGCAUUGAUGAAAUCGUUGCAUUCCCUUCCUCAGUUUCCACCGUGUCCUCGGAAAAGCUCAGGGAGGUCCCACGGUGGGUCACCAACAUCCUACAGAGAAGAAAGGGGGGCUCCGCUCCUGCAGGCCAGCGAAACUCCCUCUCCAGACACCAGCUUUUCUCUCAAUCUUUCAGAGCUGCGGGAUUACAGCGUGUGCUGGUCAGACAAGGAGAAAGAGGAAGGCAAGCAAGAGCACCGCUCGCCUCCAACACUGGGCGCUGCAGGGCAGGCCGUCAUCUCUCUGCUCACUCCAGAAGAACUGGGGAAACUUAUGGAGGAGGUGAAAACUUUAGAUGAGGAAACGCUAAAGCAACUCAGCAACAUCCACGUGACAGUCCUGCACAAAGAAGAAGGAGCUGGGCUUGGCUUCAGCUUGGCUGGUGGAGUCGACCUGGAAAACAAAGCUAUUACCAUCCACAGGGUUUUCUCCAGUGGACUGGCAUCCCAGGCAGGAACCAUUCAGAAAGGAGACGAAGUCCUAUCCAUCAACGGGAAGUCUCUGAAAGGUGCAACCCACGCGGAAGCGCUGGAGAACCUGCGCAAGGCCCGGCACCCAAGGCAGGCCGUUGUCGUCACAAGAAAACCACAAGAGAGGGAGAGCGGCCUCGGUGCACCUGCCGAGUCCCCUGCCUUCACGGGAGGCGAGACUUCAACAGACUCCGCAUCUGAAGACCUGAUCCUGACCGUGACACUGGAGAAGACGUCUGCUGGCUUAGGUUUCAGUUUGGAAGGUGGGAAAGGCUCAGUCCAUGGUGACAAGCCCAUCAUCAUCAACAGACUUUUUAAAGGAGUGCCAUCAGAACACAGCUCUGCUAUUCAGCCCGGAGAUGAGUUACUGCAAGUGCACACCAAGCCGAUGCAAGGACUCUCCCGUUUUGAAGCCUGGAACAUUAUCAAGACAUUGCCCGAUGGGCCUGUUACUGCCAUUAUCAAGAGAAAAAACUCCGUCAGCAGAACAGCCGACUCUCUCCCUGGAGAGGAAUAGUAGUAGUAACAGCAAGAUGAACCUGAGUGGACCUGGAACUACUGUCCCUUUUUAACCAGGGCCAAAAGGAUUUUGUUUCUUCCAGCUGCCUGCAGCUCGUGUUCCUUGCAAGCUAAGAGGAAGUCAGCCAUGGCUCAGUGGGAGAACGUCAGCCUGGCAUGAAGAAGGUUGCCGGCUUGGUGAAUGGUGUCUCCAGGUACUGCUGGGAAAAGCUCCUGCCUGAACCCUGGAGAGGUACUCCUGCCAGUCAGUGUCAGCAGCACGGGGCUAGUUGGACCCAGCUUCCUUUGAUCUUAGGCGAGAAGAGAAAAGAGGCGUGUGUAAAAUGCUCACCACUCCCUCGUGGUUGCAGCCGGAGAAGAGCUGCAAGCCCACAUGCAAGUUACAGGAGGCUUUAUGCGCAAACGAAGCAAGAGCAGAAACUUGUAGAAGAGCUGGAUGGUGGGGCAGGCGCUGUGAGUAAUUCCCCAGGACCUGGCGGCAUCCUCACGGCGACUGGCACGUGGAAUUAGCUUCUAGACACAUGGACUUCCCGGGAUGGAUCAGGAAUGAGAAAAGGAGCCAAAGCGCAAGGCAGCCGUUGUGGUCUCCUCUUGUGCCGUGCGCUGCACCUUUCUUUCUGCUUUGCAACACUGGGGAGGGUGUGCGCGCACUGCCCACCAUUCGACCUGCACAUGGAUGAGUGUGCAUCCCCAAAUUCAGGGACACUUGGACGAGCCACACCUUUCAGCUGUGUCCUGUGCUACUCAAAUAAACCUUUGCUGCUUUAA